UUCAAAUCGAGCUCCAGAGUUUCUCGCGUUUCGGCGGCGGCAUGUGCUAAUAAACUCAAAAAUAAUCGAAUAACAUUUUGAAAUAAUGAGUGUUCUAAAUAGAGUGUUGUAUGCUUCGAAGCAAUUUGGAAAGCUAUGUAAUUUUAUUGGAACCAGUGCAUUCCAUCGUAAUGGCUAUCUGCUUUCGAAGGCGAUUCCGGUCCCUACACAAAUGGCCAGAGCCUUCUCUGUAACGAGCAAGCGUUUCGAAUUGAUGGAUUUCUUCGAUGAUAAGAAAAACUGGGGCGAAAAUGAGGUGAAACAUGGUCGCGGCUGGAACAAGGACGAGCUGCGCAUCAAGUCGAACACGGAUUUGCACAAGCUUUGGUUUGUGCUUCUGAAGGAGCGCAACAUGUUGCUGACUAUGGAACACGAGUGCAAUGAAAAAAUGGAACUGUUCCCCAGCCCGGAGCGACUCGAUAAGGUAAACGAAUCGAUGAAAAAUCUGGAGGACGUUGUUCGAGAGCGAAACCGCGCCUACCAUGAACUCGAAACCGGCGAAACAGGAGAACGCCCGGCUAAGCUUGUCACGAAUCAACUUGGCUUGAAGUUCUACUACCGCAUGUUCGAGCACGUCAUUCCGAAGUACGCCAACCGGAAGUGGAAUGAAACUCACAAAUUCAAUUACCAAGGAUCGGCGGUGCACAAGUUCCUACGGCUGUAUCGGGAGAAAUUGUAUAACGUUAAGAGGAAGCAGAGGAACCGCGAACGUAACGAAGUUAUGGGUCUGUUAAAACGAUUCCCCAACAUGGACCGGGCCGCGAUUGCCGAAAAGUAUCCUUCGGUUGAUAUCGAUAAGCUGUUGAAGUAUGAUAAAAUUCGAGGUAAUUAUGUCUCGAGUAAGGUGUAAUCGGAAUAUAAAGCAACGGUAAGUACAUAUUUAAUUAUAA